UAACUUCCUUCGGGGGCCGAGGCCCAAUCUGUCACUUGUGGGUUUCCACUGAGAUUGAUGAUCUUCUAAAUUCCAGUGAAAUUAAUGAGGCCUCGUGACGGGCGCAAGAAACCUGAGUUUGAUCAUAAAUAAAACGUGGUCCGCAGAUAGGCUUAUCUGAUCCUUCAAAUCCCACCAAUCGUCCUCUCCUAGUACUAGACCAUGUUGACUCUCACCAACGUCACUGGGCUCGACCUAUGCCUUGCUUGUGUUGGAGUGUAUCUGCUUAAGCAGGUAUUUAACAAGUUGAAGAACCCUGCAUAUCCCCCUGGUCCUCCGGGGUGGCCUCUCAUCGGGAACGUCCUGGACAUGCCCCACAUCAAGCCCUGGCUCACCUUCACGGAAUGGGGCAAGAAGUAUGGUCAUAUGUCGCAUAUCGAGGUUCUGGGUCAACACAUCGUGGUGCUGAACUCUGUCGAGACUGCGAUGGACAUGCUGGACAACAAGAGCGCUAUGUACUCUAACCGUCCUAUUUUUCCUGUUGCUGGCAAACUUAUUGGCUGGGAAAACGUUACGAGUCUCCUCCCUUACGGCGAUCAUUUACGCCGGCACCGCAAAAACUUUCACAGCGUCAUUGGCACCCGCGCUGCUGCGGGCAUAUACAACCAGGUCGAGGAGGUGGAGACUCGCCGAUUCCUCAAGCGUGUGUUCACGAAACCCGAUCAACUACUGGCACAUGUUCGACACACCACUGGAGCUGUCAUUCUGCGCAUCUCUCAUGGUUAUGAGGUGAAAGAGAACGACGAUCCCUUCGUUGACAUUGCAGACCGCGCUCUAGACCAGGGGUCGCGUGCCACCGCUCCUGGUGCCUUCAUGGCUGAUGUUGUGCCAUUCUUGGUCAAGGUCCCCGAAUGGUUCCCUGGUGCUGGCUUCAAGCGCCUGGCUCGCGAAUGGCACGACACCCUCGAAGAGAUGGUUUCUGCACCGUACAAGUUUGUCGUGGAUCAGAUGGCUGCUGGCAUUGCCCCGGAGUCUUUCACCUCGAAUCUGUUGGGAGGCAGUCCUUUGUCAGCGGAAGACGAGCACGUUGUCAAAUGGUCUGCUGCAACUCUAUAUGCCGGCGGUUCCGACACGACUGUUUCUGCUAUCAACUCGUUCUUCCUAGCCAUGACACUAUUCCCUGAUGUGCAGAAGAAGGCUCAGGCUGAAAUAGAUGCUGUUGUCGGUCCUGAUCGUCUUCCCUCCUUCGCCGACCAAGGCUCUCUUCCCUAUAUUGAAGCACUUGCCAAGGAAGCCCUACGAUGGCAUACUGUUAUCCCUACCGGUUUUCCCCACUGUGCCUCUGAGGACGACAUCCAUGACGGGUACUACAUCCCAAAAGGUUCCAUGGUCAUACCUAACAUCUGGUUCAUGCUCAAUGACCCCGAGAGAUAUGCCAACCCUUCGCAAUUCAACCCUGAACGCUUUUUGGCCAAUGACGGAAAGAAGCCCGAGACAGAGCCCCGCACGAUCUGCUUCGGCUUUGGAAGACGUAUUUGUCCAGGUAUCCACCUCGCUGAAGCCUCCGUCUGGUUAUCUAUCGCGAUGUCACUGGCCGUGUUCGAUAUCUCGAAGGCUGUCGAGAACGGUAUUGAAAUCAUCCCUGAGGUUGAUCCAUUAUCAGGCACGAUCAGCCACCCAAAACCCUUCAAGUGUUCCAUUAAGCCUCGCUCUUUGAAAGCCGUCGCGCUCAUUGAGCAGGAUGCGAACUAUUAAGCAUGUGAAGACGAAAUACGAGGCUGAGGAAAGUACUUACUGUGGGUG